AGGGGAGGGUGGGCCUGUGAAACUCAGGCUUCGAUCCGUAUGGAAAACGGAUAGGCGUGACUCUUCGGAGAAUUCAAAGAAGAAAGCAUCUCAGCUGUCUCUGUGGGAUAGCUAUUUCGCAGAAAGGAUUCAGUUUGGCCAAACGGUGUUGUCUUGGCUUGCGCGUUUGUUUCGUUUGACAGCUCUUCUUCUGGAGUCUUCCUGAUUGCGGGAGACUGUGAACGAACACUGGAGAGACUUUUGUGCGUAAUGUGUCGUUCACGUAUCUAACAAAUGGCAGAGCAGGGACAGGCACCGAGAGUCUUCGGAUUUCAUAGCUUCUGCUCCUUCCAGGUCAAACUACACCGCUUUCUCCAAGUUUUUAUUUUAGAAAGGUAAUUUGGCCGCGGUCUGUUGGAAGAUAAGGUCAGUGCAAAAACACUUCAGAAUAUUCCACUGAGUCUGUAAUCAAGAUUACUUUUCCUUAAUUCCCCUUUGCCCUGAAGCUUUUAGAUCCAAGCCGGCUGCCGUACGGCGGGGUGGCAAGAUGGCGGCCCCUACAUUUGCUAGUGCGGUGAGAGCAGCAACAGGAAUCUUACGGCCCCUGAAUAUUUUGGCGUCUUCAGCCUAUCGAAACUGUGCCAAGAAUGCCUGUCUUAGUUCUGCGCUGUCCACCCAGCAUUUUCGUCAUAUUCAGACUUCAAUUGUUUCCUCUCCACCCAGAUUUAUCACAUCUGUCAGAAACCUGACAUGUGGUCAUACCGCAACAAUCCUCAAUAGAGUGGCCCCCUUGCUUCCGAAUGCCCUGAAGCUGCCAGUCAGAACUGUAACGUACUUCAGUGCACGAAAAGGCAAGAGGAAGACUGUGAAAGCUGUCAUCUAUAGGUUUCUCCGACUUCACUCUGGCCUUUGGCUAAGGAGGAAGGCUGGUUAUAAGAAAAAAUUAUGGAAAAAGACGGCUGCAAGAAAAAGACGCUUGAGGGAAUUUGUGUUCUGCAAUAAAACCCAGAGUAAACUCUUAGAUAAAAUGACAACGUCUUUCUGGAAGAGGCGAAACUGGUAUGCUGAUGAUCCUUAUCAGAAGUAUCAUGAUCGAACAAACCUGAAAGUAUAGAAGUCUAAUGAUUUCCCAGUUACUGAACAUGUAUCUGUAUAAUGAUGUCUUUGCAAAACUGAAUAAAGUUUUAUAACUUGACGUAAGUUGUACCAACUGAUGUGGAAACAUAUAGUACCAACAUUAAACUUCUCAAGAGUUUUAAAAUUUAAUGGAUUAAAUAUUCCCAGAUUUGUUCAGGGAAACAGAACUUUAAAAUUAUUGAUUACUUUUAACAAAUGGUCAUGGCUUAACUAGUUGUUCCAGUUAGGCUUAUUUAGUUACAAGGAAUCUCAAGGUAGGACAGACAUAAAAAGACUCCAAAGCUAACAAGUCAGCUGAAGCAAUGUGACCUCUUUUAAGGAAGGAUCCAUGCCUGGGAACUCAGGAAGCAUCACACCACGUCCUUCUCCCACCCAGAACUAACCCGCAGGCCUUAGGAAGUGCAUACAUCGUAUGGUGAUCCUGGAUCCACAGCACCUCCAGGAGCUCAGCAGCAGGAAAUGGUGGCUCUUUAGGCUUGGGGUCUGCCAUGCUCAGUUCUUGUUAAAUUGCUGGCUUCAUUCUCUCUAGUCACCAGCUUGUCUAAUUCACAGCUUUUGCUUACGCUUAGUUUCUGCUUUCUCAGAAUAACUCUGCCUUGCCCCAUUGAGGUUCUUUUCUAUCAUGACUCAGCUUUUAUCUCUAAUUGCCAAGAGUCUCUAACUGGCCAGCUUACCUUUUAACACCAGGUCUCAUCUCAAGUCACCAAAUAGUGUAGGGAUUGUCUGUUCUUAGGUCAGGAGACCACCCCGGCCCACUUGGUUGUGUUGGAAGUUUUGUGUGGAGCAAAAAAUAGUUAUAUGGGCUGUUUCACUUAGAGGUGAGCUUGGGGUGGCAACAUGUCUGGUCUGCUAGGUCCUAUGUUCAUAACUGUCCUCAUUUAGUUUAUUAGAACACGAUUUUUAAUAGAAGAGUAAAUGAAAUCUAUCAGUAUGCCCAUUCAUGAAACAGAAGUGGCUACACAAAUGAAAAUCUUUUUACCCAGAAGUUGAAAGAUACAGUAUUUUUUUAAAAGUUAGUUUAUGUAUUUGAUUUCAUAUUUUAAUUGUAAGGAUAAACUUUUUCCAAAGAUGCACUGUAGAAACUAGGUGGGGGGAAGUCAUCUCAAUCACUAGAAAAGAUGCAAGAGUUAAGUGUUGCUCAUUUAAAAAGGGUCAGGUAAGAGGCAUUGAGGAAAAUUCAGUUGACUGAGUGGAUAUACGGAGUCUAGGGCAGUGUUUCUCAGCUCUCCCAUCAGCAGCAUCUGGGAAGAAUUUUCAAACGAUAGAGGGCUUUGCCUGGUUGAAAAACCAUUAUUAAAUAGAAUUACACCUCAAUUACUGUUUCAAAUACUUUAAUAUAAUGACGACUCAACGAAGGUCUUCUAUUAAUAGAACGAGGUAAAAGAUAACCAAAUUGCAACUCUGGCAUGUCAGACUGGGAUUAUUAGAGGAUUUUCCUGAAACCAGUGUGUGUGCAUUAAAAGGAAAAGGGGCAACAAUAGAAUGUUCUAUUCAUGAGACCAAUUAAUAAAAAGCAGAUACUUGAGAUGAGGUAAGAGGCUGAGGCAGGGAAUGGCAUUCUGCUUUGAUGGGUUUUCAUUUUCUCGUACUUCUGAGAUGGCAGAAACCAACCACUGACAAGACUCCAUGUCAUUUCCCACUUUCCUGCCCUCUCCUACCUCCGGUAGUGGGAUGGAACUGGUGCCUGAAGAAUUUGAGGAGGAAGACACUUUCUCCCUGCCUCUGAUUUCCCUGGCAUGACCAUGGACAAGGGUCUUUGUCCCUGGGGCCUCAGAGCACCCUUGGUUUCUUCUCUCGACAAGGGACAGGCAGGGUGACAAGGACCGGCAAGCAGGCACCAGCAUCCAGAGGUGGAGUGACAUGGAGGGGCUGACGGGUACACAAUUUAGGGGAAAGGGAAUUUUUAUCACAUAUAAUGUUUUGUGGGUAGCAGAGCUUAUUAUCAAACUGAUUAUAGUUUUACAACAAAACAUGUCAUUAAAGGGUCUACCUAAAUGACAUUCAAGUACGUGUCACAGUAUAUAUUGAGAACCCGUGCUGCAGCAUAGGGAUCAGCAUUUAUCUACACAACCCCUAAUCCUCAUACCAGCCUUGCAAGGAGAUGUAAUUUAUCCCUAGUUUAGAUUUCGGGAAACUGAUGCUUACAGAAGGUUAAAUGACCCAAAAUACAGCUAAUAAGUCAUUCAGAACCUAGGUCUCACUCCUUGGAACCCUGUGUAUUUCCCUGAGUCUUCUAACAACAUAAUGAAAAUUCAUAUCUAAACAGGUGACUGUAAUCUAGCAUUAUAAAUACUAAAUACAUCAUGACACUAAAAUCAAGCCAGCUUUUAAAUUUUAAAACUAUCACCUCUUAAACUGGUUAAUCUUAGUUCUGUUGACAUUGGACUUGGCUCAGUAAAUGAAUAAACGGAUUUUCAGCCUUUC